AUGCCUACGGUGAGACCAUCCGUUUCGCUGGUAGCAUCCCCUUCAUUCGCGGCUGAUUUAGAUCAAACGGAGGUUGUUGGUUAUGUACCUUUGGAGAAUGCAGGGGUCUUUGAGCAGGUGUAUGAAGUGGGCACCGGUGGUGGUUUGCUACCUGAUAUGCAAGGUUUUGGAGAACCUGAUCGAGUAGAGAAUACAAUGUGUGACGAUGACUCUGACCAGGAGCCUGUAGAUAUCAUUGGGGAAAGCGAUGAUGACACAGGUGCCAAUCCACAUGCACAGCAUGGGCCUUCAAGUUCUGGCACUCAGCAGUACCCUCCACACUUCUCCACACUAAACUUGGAGGCUCUGGGUCUACAGGUGGACUGUGGUCCUACAGUUGGGGGAUCUUUUACAGAAUUUCAGAUUGGGCAAUCAUUCCAGAAUAAAGAUGAGGCUGUACUGAGUGUGAAGGACUAUAGCAUCCGCCGAGGUGUUGAGUACAGAGUCAUCGAAUCAGAUCAUCUUAAGUAUCAUGGAAAAUGCAAGGAGUUCAGCAAGGGUUGUACUUGGUUGAUUCGCGUAGCGCUGCGUGCACGAAAGGGCACUUGGGAGGUUAGGAGGUACAACGGGCCACACACUUACUUGGCAACCUCUAUUUCUAGUGAUCACCGUCAGUUGGAUUACCACGUUAUAUGUGCGAGGAUUCUUCCGUUGGUUAGGGCAGAUUCUGCGAUGACAGCAAAGGUAUUGCAACAAGCUACAAAAGCCGAUUACGGUUUCAAGCCUAGUUACAGGAAGGUUUGGAUGGCGAAGCAGAAGGCAGUGGCACAAAUAUAUGGAGAUUGGAAAGAGUCGUAUGCGGAAUUGCCACGUUGGAUGCUAGGGGUACAGUCAAUCAUGCCUGGGACAGUUUCUGUGUUGAAGACCUCUCCUAUUCGGCUUGGGGGUGAGGCUGAUGAGUCCACGGUGUACUUUCAUCGACUUUUCUGGACAUUUCUACCCUGUAUCGAGGCAUUCCGGCAUUGUAAGCCCCUCGUGAGUAUUGACGGUACCCACUUGUAUGGCAAGUAUGGAGGGACGCUGCUGCUGGCGAUAGCGCAGGAUGGAAACUCGAACAUCCUCCCGAUAGCCUUCGCCCUUGUGAAGGGAGAAAACACAGAGUCAUGGUCAUUCUUCUUGUCCAACCUACGAGCGCAUGUGACGCCACAGGAGGGUAUCCUUGUUAUCUCUGACAGGCAUAAUGGCAUCAAGGCAGGACUUGAGGCCCCUGGGACUGGAUGGCUGCCUCCACGUGCUUUUUGA